AGAACCCGGCACUCUCUCCCCAUCCAUCUCUGCCGUGCCUCAGUCGCCUGCACCUCUUCAAAGACAAAGGAGGCCCUCCAUCAGCACUCAGUCUCUCCUCACGUCCAGCACAAGAAGCUCCAAGAUGCCGGACACAAUCAUGUCCAAGGAGCCCAGUUCCAACCUGGAGAGUGCCAUGCAGAUGCUCAUAAAGACGUUCCACAAGUACUCUGGGAAGGAGGGCGACAAGUACACGCUGAGCCGGGGCGAACUGAAGGAGCUGCUCCUGGAGGAGCUGGGGACCUACUUAGGGGGCUCCAAAGAUAAUGAGGCGGUUGAGAAGGUGAUGAACGACCUGGACGCCAACAACGACGGGGAGGUGGACUUCACCGAGUUCAUCAUCCUGAUGGGCGCGCUCACGGUCGCCUGCAACGACUUCUUCCUGGAUUGCAAAACAGAUGAGAAACCGACAGAUGAAUGCAAAGGCGGGUCGGCGGAGAAGAAAAACUGAAUUAGUGCGAAGAGCGGAACCGGGGCAGAGAGGUUGGAGGGGGAGAGAGGGUGGAGAGGAAGGGGGUGUUAAAGAGGAGGAGGGGAAAUAACUGUAAGGGAAAGAAGACAGAUGGGAUUUUUCUUCUUUGGCUACAACUACGCAGGAGGGGAACGGUGGGCAGAAGGUGUGCGGGUUCAUAGUGAUUCAGCAAGGAGAAGUGCUUUUGUUCUUUGCAGCCGUAUUUGAGACCAAAGCACAUCGGGGAGCCAGUUGCAGUCAAAGCAGAGAGAGACGUUACGUACAGAACAGGGUUUAUAUUACAAUUCCUCCAACACAUAUUUAGCAGUUUUGACAGCAUAAUCUGAAUCAGGCCCUGGAAAGAAAAUACGUUUGGCAGAACGUACGCUGGGAUUUCUGAGCAUUUCUUAUGAAUGAAUUAUUUGGGAACGUAAAUUAAGUUGCAAAUUAUUAUAGUAGUGUAUGUACUCAGCGUAACAAUACAACAUGUUGUAUCGCCUUUCCUGUGCAUAUUUUGUAACCCAUUUUGGUAGUGACCAAUGCAUUUCUGAAAAUAUUAAACGUGGCAUUUAACCAACUAUUUA